AAUGCCAUUGUCGAACUGUUGCAAACUCGAGCAAACCAAACCGGUCGUUGUGACAGAAACAUGGCGGCUUUCAGUAAAUAUCUGACUGCGAAAAACUCCUCAAUAGCAGGCGGCAUUUUGCUGGUUUUAUACCUGCUGAAACACAGAAGACGGAUGUCCAAACAGGAAGGUAGAAAAGGAGGCUCGGAUCUUGUGCUAAACACUGAGAGAGAUGGCAGAAAAGAUCGUGCAGUAGUGGACAAAGUUUUCUUCCUCCGAAUCCUCCGGAUUCUGCGGAUCAUGGUACCUCGAGUUUUCUGCAUGGAGACUGGCUACCUUAUCCUUAUCGCUGCAAUGUUGGUGGCUAGGACCUACUGUGACGUAUGGAUGAUCCAAAAUGGCACCAUGAUUGAAAGUGCAAUUAUCGGUCGCUCGACAAAAGAUUUCAAGAUCUUCUUGUUCAGCUUUAUCAAAUUCAUGCCACUUAUUGCCUUAGUGAACAACUUCCUGAAGUUGGGCCUAAAUGAGCUGAAGCUGAGGUUUCGUGAGAGGCUCACAAAGAACUUGUACAACCAGUACCUGCAAGGUUACACUUACUACAAAAUGGGAAACCUUGACAACCGGAUAGCCAAUGCAGACCAGCUACUGACACAAGAUGUGGAGAAAUUCUGCAAUAGUGUGGUGGACCUUUACUCCAACCUCAGUAAGCCUCUAUUGGAUAUCGGUCUGUACAUCUUCAAGCUGACAAGUGCCAUCGGUGCUCAGGGCCCAACCAUCAUGAUGGCCUACUUGCUGAUCUCAGGAAUGUUCCUGACCAGAUUGAGGAGGCCGAUAGGCAAGAUGACAGUCACCGAGCAGCGUUACGAGGGAGAGUACCGCUAUGUCAACUCCCGCCUCAUUACCAACAGUGAGGAGAUUGCCUUCUACAAUGGGAACAUGAGGGAAAAGCAGACCAUCCACGCAACAUUCAAGAAACUGCUGUAACCCAACCCAACAGUGAUGUCACAGUGUCCUGGUGUAGUCCUCUACAACACUGCAGCAGGGUGAGAAGUUAAACCGCUGGAGGUGGACCACUUGCAUAAUUUCAUCUUCUUUCGCUUUUCAAUGGGAUUUGUGGACAGCAUAAUUGCCAAAU